AUGGGCUCAAGUUGUGGUUUCUCUCGGGGAAACGUCGUUGUGGUGCUGCUGCUGCUUCAAGGAGCAACGGCACUGUACUUCCCUCAGAAUGAGUACACUGAGACGGUGUAUGUUGGCCAGCAGGCAGGGACGCCAAUCCUACAGGUCCACGCCAUGCUGGACAGUGACACCGAGCGGCCGCAUUUCUACCUGUGUUUGAUUAGCACCAUCAGACGUCCCCCCCACAGCUCCUGGUUCAACCUGGACAUCAACACUGGGAUACUGUCCUUGAACAAAACCCUGGAGGAGAGCGACUUUGCCUUGCCAUAUCAAAACGUAUGGUCCGUGAAGAAGUUGUCCCUGCAUGCCAUGGUGUUACCGGGCAUCACCAAGCAGCUCCUGUGCCCCAGAAACUCCCCACGAAUCACCCUGGACUUUGUCAAUGCCACGAUGCCUCAGUGUGCUCAGACAGAUGUGAAGGAACUGUGCUUCCCACACAGAGAUACCUCUAACCCCCACAUCAUGGAGAACAGGUUCCCCGGGGCCCUUCGGCAACUCCGACGACUCACCAGACUCAACGUCUGCCCCAACUACACCAUCUCUUACAAUGUGGAAUCAGAUACCCCGGCACCGUUUGCUGUAAAUGAGAACACCACAGAGCUGGUGGUGACGGCUCCGUUGGACCGAGAAGAGAGCGAGUGCUACAGACUCCUGCUGGUGUGCACAGUCCGGACAGAAACGGUCGUCACCAAGGUGGACACUUCACUGGAUGUGUUUGUCGAUGAUGAGGAUGACAAUGCACCGUAUGUAAAUGGAACAGACACGGCGGACAUUGUCAUCAGUUUCAAUCGGACAAAGGGUGGCUCUUUUGGCGCCAUAUUCGUCUUUGACAGGGAUUUAACGCCAAUCUAUCCCAUAGACCAGACUCAUAAUAAGUAUGUGGGGACUCUGCUCAAUAACGACCCAUGGAUGAAAGACACAUUUGACAUAAAAGGCACCUUCAGUGAAAAGAAAGCUAUUGGAGGAAUUCGAGAGACUGUCCAUGAUUACCAGCUUGUCCUGAAGAGGAACCUGUUGGUGACUGAGAGUCGCACCUUGCAGCUGGACUACCUGGUUAAUGACACCACCUACCCCGGUCUCGAGGGAACAGUGCAGUUGCACUUCAACGUUACCAUCUUACCCGUACAGAUCCAAUUCGCCAACAUCACGCAGAUGUUCAGACUGACUCGCAGAGCCUCUGUUUAUGCUCAGGUUGGCAGAGUCUGUGUGGAAAACUGCCAACAGUUUGAUGGCUUCAGGGUCACAUACCGGCUCGAGGUUGCAGAUAAGAACGUGUCUGCUGAUGUGCAGUCCUGCUACACAGCCAUAAGCAUCACCCAGGCCUCAGAUGAUAUGUGGGGGCUGCUCUAUGUGAAUGACUCAGAGGCUCUGCGCAGGCCCGAGUGCCAGGACCUGCAGUAUGUUGUUGUAGCCCAGGAGGAGCACACACAGCUGGAGACCAGCACACAGAUCCACAUCAUACUAGAUAGUGACGUGACCAAGGCCAGUCAGGAGAACCAGCAGUUCCUGUCCUGUGCAGAAAACAGACGGCGAGGAGACUGUGAGUCUGUCCGAGGCCUGGGGGCAACAACAGGGAGAUGCCAGUGGAGGCAAGGCACUGAGAAAGGAAUAUCUGAAAAUUACUCCACUUGCUCCCCUGACCUGCGGACAUGUCCUGAUAGUUUUUGUGACGCAGUUGAAAGCAAAGACACGUUAAUAUGCCCGCAAGACUGUACAAAGGAAAGUGUUACAGGAGGUCACGAACGAGGCUUGAGGAACGGGAUCCAGGCUGGCUAUGGAACCUGCUACUGCUACUCUGAGAGAUGCUUCUGCGAGAAGGAAGAUGUCGAGGAGGCGAUAUGUGACGACAUGUGUAAGACCAUCAUUGCCACGGCUCUGCUCCUCUCCUUCAUCGUCUCCAUCCUCCUGUCCUCCUACUUCAUCCACCGCUACCACAAGAACUCGCCCAAGCCCCCGAUCGCCUCUGCUGAGAUGACUUUCCGCCGGCCAGCUCAGGCUUACCCCAUCAGCUUCCCCGCUAACAACGUACGCCGAGGCUCGCAGGAAUCCAUCGAGACGGACACCUUUAAAAUACCUGAGGAUCCUAAGUGGGAGUUUCCGCGUAAAAACCUUGUACUGGGCAAGACUUUAGGAGAAGGAGAAUUUGGGAAAGUUGUCAAGGCAACUGCAUUCCGGCUGAAAGGAAAAGCCGGUUACACCACUGUGGCUGUGAAAAUGCUUAAAGAAAACGCCUCCCACAGUGAGCUGCGUGACCUGCUGUCAGAAUUCACUUUACUGAAGCAAGUCAACCAUCCGCACGUCAUAAAGAUGUACGGAGCGUGCAGCCAGGAUGGUCCAUUGUAUCUGAUCGUGGAGUAUGCCAAGUAUGGGUCGCUCCGUAACUUCCUGCGUGAGAGUCGGAAAGUUGGCCCGAGCUACAUGGGCAGGGACGCCAACCGAAACUCCAGCUACCUGGAGAACCCAGAUGACAGGGCACUCACCAUGGGCGACCUGAUCUCCUUUGCAUGGCAGAUCUCCAGAGGCAUGCAAUAUCUGGCUGAAAUGAAGCUUGUUCACAGGGACCUCGCAGCGCGAAAUGUCCUCGUAGCUGAAGGGCGAAAGAUGAAGAUCUCAGACUUUGGCCUCUCCAGAGACGUGUAUGAAGAGGACUCGUACGUUAAGAGGAGCAAGGGCCGUAUACCUGUUAAAUGGAUGGCAAUAGAAUCCUUGUUUGAUCACAUUUACACAACACAGAGUGACGUCUGGUCCUUUGGUGUGCUGUUGUGGGAGAUAGUGACACUGGGAGGAAAUCCAUACCCAGGUAUCGCCCCUGAACGCCUCUUUAACCUGCUCAAAACCGGCUACAGAAUGGAGCGACCAGAAAACUGCUCAGAGGAAAUGUAUAACCUCAUGCUUCGAUGCUGGAAACAAGAACCAGACAAGAGGCAGACGUUCGCAGACAUCAGCAAAGAACUGGAAAAGAUGAUGGUGAAAAGUCGGGAUUACCUGGACCUGGCGGCGUCCACGCCAGCCGACGCCCUGCUGUACGAUGACGCCCUCUCUGAAGAGGACACACCACUAGUGGACUGUAAUAACGCCCCUCUCCCUCGAACCCUCCCCUCCACAUGGAUUGAAAACAAGCUCUAUGGCAUGUCAUACCCGAACUGGCCUGAGAAGAGCCCGGUACCGCUCAACAGACAUGAUGCCACUAAUCCAGUCUUUACAAGAUAUGCCAAUGAUAGUGUUUAUGCAAACUGGAUGGCUUUGCCUUCACCCGCAAAAGCUGUGGACAAGCUCGAUAGCUAAAGACAAACCAACACUGUAGAAAAAGAUGACUAAUUGGUAGAUGUGUAUAUUUCUAUAAGACUGUACAUAUACAAUCUGAUGCUAAAGUUGGUUCCCUUUUCUUUCUGUUGCACGGGUAUUCAACGUUUUAAAAACUGGGGUCUUUUUGCUGCAAAAGCGGCAGGAUCAAUGUAGACCACGCUUCAUUCAGCUCUUCAGUAUGUUAAUUAUUACCUCACGGGUCAUGUUGGCCAAGUUGUAUCACUGCAUGACUAUUGUACCAGAUUGUAUGCCAGUUGUUGAUGUCUUUUAAGUGCCUGUGCCGCUUCUACAAUAGCCUCCGAUUAUUAAUGUGCGACUGUGAAGAUCUUGUUCCAGCCCAGGAAUUAAAGGGGACGUCUUUACCAUCACCUGUUAUAGACAGCUGGGAUUGAGUGGACAGAAGCGAAAUGCUGAACUUGUUCUGAAAAUGUACAUUUUCUACUUUAGAGGAUUGUUGCUCCUCGAAAUG